CCUCCCAUCACCACCACCACCCGCUUCUUUCCAUUUCCCCCCACCUCUCCUCCCACCUCUUCUCUUUGGUAUCUCGUCCAUCAUGUUCCGCUCCGCUAUCGUCCGCUCCCUCCGGGCCUCCGCCCCCCGUGCCGUCAAGACCUCGGCUCCCUUCCAGAUCCGUAGCUCUGCUGUCGCUCGCCCGGCUCAAUUCUCCCCUCGCUUCGCCUACCAGGGUGUCAGACUCUACUCCGCUCCCGCCGGUCUCAACAAGGAGGAGGUUGAGGGUCGGAUAGUCAACCUUCUGAAGAACUUUGACAAGGUUUCCGAUGCUAGCAAGAUCAACGGUGCUUCUCACUUCGCCAACGACCUCGGCCUGGACAGCCUGGAUACCGUUGAGGUCGUCAUGGCCAUCGAGGAGGAAUUCAGCAUUGAGAUCCCCGACAAGGAUGCCGAUGGCAUCCACGGUGUUGACAAGGCUGUUGAGUACAUCCUUGCCCAGCCCGAUGCCCACUAAAUACGAACGUAAUGCGAG